AUGUCAGCUUCAAAUAUCAUCGGUUCACUUACCUUUUGUCCAGAAUGUGGUAAUCUAUUAGAUAUGGCUGGUAGUGACGAUGAUAUCAUACUCUGUAAUCAAUGUGGAUGUGCAUUUCGAACAGCAGGAAUCGAAACUACAGAGGUUGUCACUACUUCUUCCGAACGCUCUUUUCAAUCUUCUUUAAAAGCCAAACGUCAUUUGGUUCAACAAAAUAAAGCAGCACAACAAGCCAGGGCUAUUAUUAAAGAAAAAUGUCCAAGCUGUGGUAAUCCAGAAAUGGAAUAUCAUACCAUGCAGUUACGUUCUGCCGAUGAAGGUCAAACAGUAUUCUACAACUGUAAAAAAUGCGGUCACAAAUACUCCAUCAAUAACUAA